AACAGUGGCCGGCGCGCCACAUUCAACUCAUUGUUUCUGAGCUGCUGCUUCUGACAGAACAUAACAACGACAACACUUCUGUUUUCCCUUUUAGCAUCUGUUUUCAUAUUUAAACGUUAAAUCAAAAUGGACUGUGUGGAUUUCCCAGGAGUUCUUCCAAACUCACCGAGGAAAGCCCGGGGACAAAUUCAGGUCAUCUUCGGACCCAUGUUUUCAGGCAAAAGCACUGAGCUGAUGAGAAGAGUGCGCCGCUUCCAGAUAGCUCAGUAUAACUGCCUGGUGAUAAAAUACGCCAAAGACAAACGAUACUCUGACACAGGAGUGGCUACACACGACAAAAGCAUAAUGGAUGCUGUACCAGCCAACAGUCUGGGGGAUGUGCGGUCUCUGGCACUGAAAGUCUGUGUCAUUGGAAUUGAUGAAGGACAGUUUUUUCCAGACACGGUGGAGUUUUGUGAGGAGAUGGCAAAUUUAGGAAAGACAAUCAUUGUAGCUGCCUUGGAUGGAACUUUCCAGAGGAAGCCAUUUGGAAACAUCCUGAAUCUUGUCCCUCUGGCAGAGAGCGUGGUGAAGCUUCACGCUGUCUGCAUGCAGUGUUACAAAGAGGCUGCCUACACCAAGAGGAUAGGAGCAGAGAAGGAGGUGGAAGUGAUCGGCGGAGCAGACAAAUAUCAGGCGGUGUGUAGAAGGUGUUACGGGGGUCUAAUGGAGGAAAAAGAGAACAGCACACCCUUCAGGAAUGAAACUCCACAACAUCUCGUAGGAAAGGUCAUGGAUUGUGGCGUUCCCCGGAAGCUUUUCUCAUCUCUCCAUCUCUGAACGCUAAAACAAGACAUGUAGCACAAGGCCUGGGGAGAGUGGAGGAAUUCAACAAUUAUUAUUUUUAUGUGUGUGCAUAUGCAAGAGCAUUGGAAUUUUU